AUCAUACAAAAGAAAAACAACAUGCAAUCAGAGUUGGAUGUUUAGGGAUGUUUCAGUAUGCACUCUACAAGUGAUUUUCACCAUUUAGAAGUCCAGAAUUGUAAGCAUUUUUUUAGAAUAUAUGCUGGUUUUUAUCUCUAUGUUUGCCUAUAAGUGAAAAACUUAGGCUACACCUGAGUUGCUUUCACUACUGGUAUAUAGAGUAUGUCAUUUUCAAGGUCCAAGAUCUCUUUUUUCCUGUAUGGGAUCUUCUUGUGCAGCUUAUAUGCCACUCUUACACUCAGCAGGACAAAACAGAGCACACGCAAUGCCAGAUCAUUGGUGCACAGCAGCAGCUUCACUUUGAACAAAAGAGAAGAUGGAGAAAGAGAUGGACAGUAUCUGCUGGGAAUAAAAAGACUUAGAAGACUUUACUGUAACGUGGGCAUCGGCUUCCAUAUUCAGGUCCUACCAAAUGGAAAAAUAACAGGAGUACACAAUGAAAACAAAUACAGCCUUUUAGAAAUUUCUCCAGUGGAAAGAGGAGUUGUGACUUUGUAUGGGAUCAGAAGUGGUCUGUUCAUCGCCAUGAGUGACAAGGGGAAACUUUAUGGUUCGGUAAGAUAUGACUUUUCUCUGCAUAACUGUAGAGGUUUUGAUUUUAGAGUAUUUAAUGUAAAAAAAUAACUUUUAUGUUUGAUAAAACAGGCAUUGGCAGACCAUUAACAGUAUGGUAUAAUUUGCAAUCAAGAUCCCACUCUUUUGUUUAAUUGUUUUCUUUCUUUCUUUUUUUUUAAACAGAUCUUGUUGAUGGAACAAUAAAUAGUUUUUGACUUUGCAAGUUUAAUUGUAAUGUAAUUCAGUAUUGUCACUGCA